AUGGCACAGGAGGGGACAGGGGCACCCAAGGGUGGCACAGGUGACAGCCAGGGUGGCACAGGAGGGGACAGGGGCACCCAAGGGUGGCACAGGUGCCAGCCGAGGCCGUUGUGUCCCCACAGCUCCAAGCCCAGCUGGGCUGACCAGGUGGAGGAGGAGGGAGGAGAGGAUGACAAGGUGAUCACCAGCGAGCUGCUGAAGGAUCUGCCCCUGCCCGGGGUCCUGGGGGGCGCCUCCAGCGCCGAGGCCGAGCUGCUCAAGGGAGGGCCCCUCCCGUCCCCCAAGGAGGUCGUCAACGGCAACAUCAAAACCAUCACCGAGUACCGCGAGGAGGAGGACGGGCGCAAGGUCAAGGUGGGCACGGGGGCACAGGUGGGCACAG